CGAAUUCAUCAGUUAAUAGUGAACUGUGAUCAGCUCAUCUUCGAUGUAAAUCGUCAGUUUACAUCAAACUCGUGGAAUAUCUAUUAAGAUCGAUAAUAUAGAGUUCAAAGUGGAAGAUCAGACAAUAGUCACCUACGAGCGAUUUAGGAAACAAAACUUACUUUGAUUGAUGAGUCAUUCACGAGGUAAUCAAUCUACCCGUCAUAAGAAUAUCUAGGUGAUAUAUUGUACGGUGAGAAAUACUCUGUAUACAUGUAUACAUUCUAUUCCAUACAGUAUUAGAAAUUGACACGUGCACGCGAUAAAUUUUCUGACAUUUGGAAAAUGGCGAAUGAAUUAAAUGAACUCAUGGGGCUCAUGGAGAGGUUCUUGGGGAUUAUUCCGGGGUUGGACCUUCCGGCAACCCCGGAUGCUCCCCAUCCCCAGGGGAAAAACGGAGAGGGGGCGGAGAGGCAGGCCAAUGCAGAAAUCGGACCACUGAUGGGAACUUUGGUCCGAUUUCUGCAACAGCAGCAGCUGCAACGCGAGCUGUUGUUUAUGCUGGGGGUCUGCAGGCCACAAACUCCAAGGGAUUUCCUUGGACUUUUGGGGUCAUUCCUCCAAAACCACCAACACGGGGAGAGACAGCGGGGAAACAAUGGAGGCAGAAGCCGCAGGACGUGGGGUGGCCGUCGUGGUGGGAGCGGUGGACGUGGAGGUGGCGGACGUGGCGGUGGCGCAUAUCGCGGGGAAUAUCGCGGUGGAUAUUGGGGGGGGGAUAUCGCGGACGAUUCCACCGCGAUAACCAUCAUUAUUAAAUAAU